CUGCAAAGUUUGAGCCAGUGUUGAAAAAUGGCCCCUACGAUCUGUUGCAAGUGCCACGAGGAAAUAGACGACAAGGCUAUAUGCAGCGAAGGGAAGAUGUACCAUCCGGAGCACUUCACUUGUUCGGAAUGCCAGAAGCCCAUAGGCGAGUCGCAGUUUAAUGUUGUCAGGAACGAGCUGGUGUGCAACGAGUGCCACGAGAGCAAGCAUGCCCCCAGAUGCCAUUCCUGUGGCAAUGUGAUAAAGGAGCGUGUCAUUGCCGCUGUGGGACACAAGUGGCACGAAGAGUGCUUUAGGUGUGUGGGAUGCUGUCAAAAUCUGGUGGCUUCGACAUUCUUUGAAGUGAACGGAUAUCUGUUCUGUAAAUGUGACUUUCGCGAAGUCUUUUCGUCACGGUGCGCCGGCUGUGGAGAGACCAUUGACAAGAAUGUCAUAGUGGCCUUGAACACAAAAUGGCACCCACGUUGCUUUGAAUGCUACAGCUGCGGACACCGAAUUACGACGGAUAUAUUCGACAUAGAAAACGGAAACCCCAUCUGCCUCAAGUGCAGUGCAGUUUAUGUCACAUAAACACAUUAAAUUAUG